CUCUUGUGAUCGGUUGUGUUUUUGUGCAUUUCGCGUGAUCGUCAAGUUCAAUGGUCGAUUCCGCUGUCAAAGACGCUAUAAAAGGACAGCAGGACCCUGAGACCCAUCUGGACAGGUGGUGUGCAAUUUUUUCAAGGGUGACGCAGUCGUUUGGACUUGGUGAUUUCAUGAGCCUCCGAUUUUUAUGAUUUCGUUCCCCGGCUGCUCCAUCCACAAGCAACAGCAAAGAAGCCUAUAAUGCCUUCUACAUUUGGCGGUUUUGUACAUAUUUCCUGAAAAAGAUGGGCCCUUCACUUUUCAGUUCUGCAUUCUUAUAUGAUGCCAAUACAAAUGAGACAUCAGUCGACAAAUCCAUCCUUUGUCUGCCUUCACUUUAUGGUCCCAGAAUGUCAACAUCAAGGUGAUGUUAAACAAGAAGAGAAAGUUCCACAGGGACUGGACUACAAGAGUUGCCGACAACCAGAAGUCAGUCAAAAGUCUGGCGCGGAUUUUGACCCGGCACCCAUACCAAAGAGCGGCCGCAAGUUCGUCAGUCUGAUCUCACUCAGGACUUGUUCUUCUUCUUCUCCUUCUACUUCUUGUAACACCAUGUGCUGCUGAAAACAACCAAAGUGACUCAAACUAGUGAAUUUCGUCGAAUGACAAUUAUUAUUCUUUUUUGACAAUUAUCGUUUGUUGUUGCCCUGCGAGAGUUUAUUUUUGUUGAUUUCGCCGCCGAACAAAAAGUCGCGCGCGACAAGUUCCUCUUCCCACACCGCAAGCGAUUUUCCCGACGCCAGUUCUACCAAAAACUGAACACAUGACCGAAGUAUCUAACCGGAUCUUCAAGAUGAAUCCAGACUUUUGGCAGGCCAGGUCGCCAGCACCCGACCCUAAAGUCACAGAGAAGAUAGUCAACGAAUUACAGCUCGCAACACGGCCCAACAACCAACUCUCUGAACGUACCUUAGAGGAAUGCUGGACUACCCUUCAACGUGUGAGUUGGCAUCUAUUCCGUUGUAUCUUCAUGCACAAGUCGGCAAUGCAGAUGCACGCCCGGGAGGCCGUGCAGGCGGCCGGGGGCGGCGGUGGGCCCCUGAUGCCCGGCAGCAGGCCAGAGGUCAAGCCGCACCAGUGUCAACAGUGCCUCAAGUCGUUCAGCUCCAACCACCAGCUGGUGCAGCACAUCAGGGUGCACACCGGCGAGAAGCCCUACAAGUGCAGCUACUGCGACCGCCGCUUCAAGCAGCUGUCCCACGUCCAGCAGCACACCAGACUGCACACCGGCGAGCGUCCGUACAAAUGCCACCUUCCCGACUGUGGACGGGCGUUCAUCCAGCUGUCCAACCUGCAGCAGCACCUCCGCAAUCACGACGCCCAGGUGGAGCGCGCCAAGAACAGACCGUUCCACUGCAACAUCUGCGGCAAAGGGUUCGCCACCGAGUCCAGUCUGCGAACCCACACGUCAAAGUAUUUUGGAAGAAUGACUCAUGAGGAGCUACAGCUGCGUGAUCCUGUAUUGCAGCAGCACGCAGCUCUCCUCGGUGGACCCAACGCCACCAGCUGCCCCGUCUGCCACAAGGUGUUCCUCGGCGCCGAGGCCCUCAUGGAGCACAUGAAGACCACCCACAAGGACCCCAACGCCUCUGGCAUUGCAAUUCCCCCUGUUCCAUCCGUUCCUCCCGUGGACACGUACUUAGCCAAGAGGCGGACGGCCAACCACCCGUGUCCGGUGUGCGGCAAGCACUACGUCAACGAGGGCAGCCUCCGCAAGCACCUGGCGUGCCACCCUGAGACGGCCCAACUCUCCACCUCGCUGCGCAUGUGGCCCUGCAGCGUGUGCCAGGCCGUUUUCACCCACGAGUCAGGACUUUUGAGUCACAUGGAGCACAUGAGGAUGGACCCGAAGCACCAGUUCGCCGCUCAGUACGUGCUGAGCCGCGCGGCUGCUGAGCGUCGCGAGCGCGAGACCCUUCUGGUGGCCGCCGCAGCCACGCUGGCCGCCUCGAACCAGAGCAUCAACGCGAACGCGCUGAACGCGCUGACCAACGCCGGACCUUCAAUGUGCGCGAGUCCGUCGGCCAACUCGGAGAGCAGCUCCGGCCGCAUGAGUUCGCCGCUCAACAUGCAGCUGCAGCCCAACGACAUCUGCAAGAUGGAGCGGCCAGGAUCGGCCUCGGAAAUGGCCGCCGUCAACGCCGUCGUCAACAACAACAACAACACCAGCAACAGCAACAACAACAACAGCAGCAGCCAGAAUAGCAACUCGGUCACGCCGACCAAUAUGACGAUGAACAACCACCUCGGCCACCUAGGCCACCACCUCGGCCACUUGGCCGCCGCAAACCACCACGGAGCCGACUGCGGCCAGAACCUGGUCAUCCCCACGUCAAUGGCAGCCGUGACGGCCAUCGCGGCCGCAGCCGCCAGCCGCAUGUCCGGCCCGCAGCCGGGCGACCAGGCCAACCAGGCGGCCGCGGCCGUGGCCGCCGCCAUGCGCAUGCAGGCGGCCCAGCACGCCAACGGCGGUUCGGACAUGAACAGCCUGCGGCCGAACGAGUUGAGCGCUCAACAGGAGGCGGCCAUGCGCAUGCAGGCCGAGGCCCUGCUGCGCUCGCAGGCCGAGGCCGCCCUGCGGCUGGCCGUCAGCCAGGCGGCCGCCGCCCAAAACGAGAGCCGGCUCACCGUGGCCAGCUCGACCAUCAGCAACGUGGUCAACGGCAUGAUGAACAACAGCGUGCACAACGGCCAGCUGAGCAACGGCCUGGCCUCGCAGGCGGCCACCAACAUGAUGAACCAGAGCGCCGCCCACCAGGCGGCCGCCGAGCUGACCGAGGCGCUGAGACUGCAGGAGCAGCGCCUGGAGCAGGCGCUGCGGCUGCACGGCGGCGACCCGCGCGCCCUCGGCUUCUCGCUGGCCCAGCAGACCAUGCAGCAGACCAUGCAGCAGACGAUGCAGCAGACGAUGCAGCAGGGAAACUGAGGAUUAGACGGAGCGAUGCUCGACCUGGCGCUCGCCUACAUUAUGAAUAAUUCCGCCACGCCCAACUCCGCCGCCGAUCAUUAACGACGGAGUCAGGAAUUAUUCAGAAUGCAAUUAGGCGACCGAGUAGAGCCCCGAGGACUUUUUUUAGCCAGGAGUUACUACAACGCAGGAGGAUAUGAAAACUAAAAAUAUAGAAAGCAGAGUUUGUGACAAGCGGACACUAUACACACUAUUGUAUCGUUGUUGAGUUGAGACAAAAUACCGUAGCGGUCGAUUUGUGUAAUGAUUGUAAAUCUGUGCUGAGAUAUGAGUGGUCAGGGUGCGAGCGAAUAAGGUAAAAAAUUUCACUUAUUGUAUAGUAAAUGUCGCAACAGCGGGUGAGCGGUCCGGUCAAAUCGGGCCGGCACCUUAAAAACACUAUUUUAAACCGUGUGCACGUCGGAUAUAAUGGGGAAAAUUUGUUGUUGACAAAAUGCAGAUAUGAAAAAUUAUUUAAGCGGUAUACUUAUAUAAAUACUUGCAAAUAUUUUGAGGUUAGCGAUUUAUUAUAUAAAAUAUUAAGGUCGGCGUGAAUGAGAGUGAGAACGAAAGGUUUCCGAUAUAUAUUAAUUAUUAUAAUAUAUAUAAAAAUGAGGAACACAUUAAUUGAUUCUUCUUCUUCUACUUCUAUCUAGAGACGAGAGAAAGGCGCUUCUUUCAGAUGCUUUCUGUUGUCGUUACGUUUCUCUAUCUUACUAAUUAGUUGUUUUCAUAAAUGCGAUCAGUUUUUAUUGAACUCUGAGAAUACCAAGGACAAAAGGUGAAUAUUGAUAUAAUAAUUCUCUCUGUGAUUGUUUAAGUUUCCUUUUUGAGAAAGAAGAUAAUAACUAAUAAUUGAAGUAGUAGAUUUUAUGGAAAAAUUAGUCUGAAAUAGAGGUAAAAGAUGACUUCUAUAUUUUAACAAAUAUAAAUGCAAAGAGUGGCGAACAGAUUUUUAUAAUUUUUACUGAAAACAAAAACAAAUUAAUGAGCAGUUGAAGGAUAAACCACAACAAUAUAGGGACGAGUAUGGGAAAUAUUUUUUGAAACUCACACACGCGAAUAUUUAACUCUUCCGAAGCUCUUGUCACCGUACAAACAAAUAUAAAUAUCAAAACCGAAUUCAAAAUACACACACGUUCGGCCGCAGAUUCCUUUUCGAACCCCCGCUAAAUUCGCAAGUUUCGGCCUCGCUAAAUUGAGAAAAACAAACACACACGCAAAAGCCGAAAAGGGAAUCCCAAAACGCGACGUGGGUCUGACGAAAACGGAUCACCACCCAGAAUGCUGAGAGAAAAAAAUGCUCACCGAAUAUAAUAACACACUCGCGAUUUUUUCGUUUUCACCUGAGUUACAGACGUUCUGAUGUCUCUUGAUUUCUCUGAUGUACAGCAGUAAAUACACACUAAUGCAAUAGUAACUGACACACAUACACACUCACACACACACAGACGAAGAAAAAGUAUAAAAAAAACUCACACAAACACGUAAAACACACUCAAUAGAUUACAAUAGUUCACAAACGCAAUCAGCUCCGCGUUCCGAACCGCAAUCAUGAAAAAUUUGACCGGCCGAAUUUUUUGAACAGCAGGAAUCACAUCUCGCAGGCGUUGGGCGAAUUAAUUUAUUCGGCCGGUCUGAUUAGAGGGGCGUCGGGACGCGGUCCAUCUCAAACGGAGAGACGUCGCCCGCGCCAGGGGGACGUCCGCGCAAAUGCAGAAUUUCUGUUUUUGGCAGGGGGCAGUUUGCGUUUUGCUAAACUGCUCCUCGCCGCCGAUUAACCAAAAGUGGCGGCCACAAAAGUGGCGCCUCAUCACUGAGCAAGAGACAGACCCACCAGAGUUAUAAGAAAAAGAAAGUGUUAUACAAACAUGAAGCACACACUUUAACUUAACUAAAAACCACCACCAACACUCACAAUAAGAAUAAAAAAAAAAAUUUCACUAACACGCACUGCUGCAGUAAACGUGAUUAACCAACGGCGAUUAAUUAAGUCGAUCUCCUAUACAAAUAUGUGAAGCAAAAGACUUACGAAUCCGCGACACACACAUGAAUGAAUAAUGUGUAGUAUUUCAAACAAAAUCGUAAAUAAAAUACCGGUUGCCUCCGCGAGCUAAAAGUUGUGAAAAAAAAAUGACGGACGCGAACCAUCUGCAAGUACUAAGCAGGAAAACCGGGAGUUAAUUUACAUACAGCAGCCACCGUACAGUAACUUUUCGUUACAGCCAAUGUAUGCCGACGAGGGAGGCGGGUUGCGAACACCUCGACCUCCCCACACAUCAAACCAAGUAUUAGCCAGGCGUAAGGUUAAUUCGCCGAAGGUCGGAGCCGGCGGAGAGUCUUACCAGGCGCUAAUACCCGAGCACAAGCCAAGUGGAAGUCCAGACGAGCACCAAAGGGGCGCCCGAGAAAAGCGCCCCCUCGGCUGCUCGAGUGGGCGGCCAAUUCAAUCGUUUUAGUUCUUACACGUUAAUUCCUUACAUACUUAAACUAACACGCAGUUUUCUUUUUUAGUACGAUGUAUUACAUUUUUGCCGCUUAACUUUUAAUCGAGCAUUUUCCUCUUUCUUUCCAUUUUAACCUUUUUUAUUAUUAAUUUAUGUGUGCGUUUGAUUGAUUACUUGACUUAUUAAUAAUGCAGGUUCUUAUAGUUUUUUAAGUUGAGUAACUUUUAAUUUUAUGAUUAAUAUUAUUCUAUAUAUAUUACCCCGAUAUAAGAUGUUUAUUGAGCUAUGAAUAUAUUUAAUCGCGAUUAUUAUGUAUACACUCGAACUACUGCGGUUUAAGUUUUCGAUGUUAUAGUUAAGUUUGGACGAUGCAGCCAUUAUUGUUUUUGAUCUAUCGAUUUGACACGCAGCCAUUAAGUUUGCGCGCAAUGAUUAAUUAUUACACACACACGCAACACACACAUGUACUACUUAUUAUUACAUAAUGCUACAUACAAGUAAUAACAAUAAUACACAUUAUUAUGGAAUUCAUGUUAAAUAAUAUCACGCAACACUAUGUACACUCUUAAGGCAGUUGAAAAAAAAAGAA